AUACCUCUCUUUUUCUAACCCUUCUAAGAUACAGUGCAACCAACACCUUCCUUUAAUAACAGUAUCAGCAUGGGGAUUUCUACAAUUAGAAGUGGGCUGGGAUGCAAAUGACUAGGAGCAACAAACUCCUUUUGGUCUCAGGUGAUGGUAAGAGAUAGGUGUGAUGCCACUGCCCUUAUUGACUGCUUUAGGAACCAUUUCUUCCGUGUCGGGUGCUAUAGCUUGAAGUCACGAGGAGGGCAAUAGAUAGUGGGAAAUUACAGGUCAUGUGAGCCAAUAUAGUGACUGAGUAGUCCUACAAUGGAGUGUGUAGAGCAGCAGUAUUUAAUAAAGCUUUGUGCAAUGGUGGCAGUAUUCUAUAAUCUCCACUUUCCAUUUUGGUAGCCACUAGCUGCUUGUGUCUAUAGAACACUUAAAAUUAGCCUAGUGCAACUGAGGAGCUGAACUUCUAAUUUAACUUAAUUUAAUUUGUUUUAUUAUUUGGUAAGAUUUAUUUUGCAACAAACCCUUUUGACAAUGGUUAAAAAUAGAAAUAUGUACUUAAUGAAAGCAUCCACUUAAGAAAUUACUCUUCUGCUUAUAAAGAUUUUUUACAUACUCAGAAACCUAAAUAAAGGAGCAGACCUUGGGUGGUUAGGUUGAUGAGGAGUAGAGGGUUUACAGAAUGGUUGUAGUAGAAGAGAAAGGGAAUGAAAUGUGAAGCAUGCUUGCCAGAGAGUGUUUUAAGUGAGGCAUUGUGGGUUUUGAGUUUGAUAAAGAAGGAAAUGAGCCCAGAAUGGGCAUAAUGACUUAAGAAUGGAGAGGGCUCAAUGAAGUAUUGUGAAUAAGUAUUGGGGGAUUAAAUUUGUGACAGAUGGGAAUAAGUUCUCUUAUGAAAAUGAUAUACCGAGGGUUAACUUUCAUAGUUGGCUUAAGCUAUUUUAGGUAAUAAGUUCCAAGUCAGGAUCUUUGAAAAAGAUUGCUAAAAUUUCAAGUGGGUGAGAUCAUUCAGGAAGGUGAAGGAGUUCUGAUGCUGGUAGACUGGAAAUCAACAGGAGUGCAGUCAUCCAGUGUGAUGGCAGGAACUGCGAAGAAGACAUGGAGACAAGUGUUGAAGUCUUCCACUGUAAAGGAGCCUAUCUGGAAGAAAGUAAAGUAUUCAUCUGUGUGGGAUAUUGCAUAAAUCUUGGAAGAGUGCAGUAAAGUGGCAAUGUCUCGGGAACCCAGCCCACCUCUCCCUGGAGAUAUGUCUACUGGUCCUAUAGCAGAAAGCUGGUGUUAUACACAGGUUAAAGUAGUAAAAUUUUCCUACAUGUGGACCAUUAAUAACUUCAGUUUUUGUCGAGAGGAAAUGGGUGAAGUGUUAAAAAGUUCAACAUUCUCAUCUAGCCCCAGUGACAAAAUGAAAUGGUGCCUGAGGGUAAAUCCAAAGGGAUUAGAUGAUGAAAGUAAAGACUACUUGUCCUUAUAUUUGCUUUUAGUCAGCUGCCCAAAAAGUGAAGUUCGAGCAAAAUUCAAAUUUUCCCUUCUAAACGCCAAAAGGGAAGAAACAAAAGCAAUGGAAAGCCAAAGAGCAUAUCGGUUUGUACAAGGGAAAGACUGGGGUUUUAAAAAAUUCAUUCGAAGAGAUUUUUUGCUUGAUGAAGCUAAUGGUCUUUUACCAGACGACAAGCUUACAUUAUUUUGUGAGGUGAGUGUGGUCCAAGAUUCAGUAAAUAUAUCAGGACAUACUAAUACAAAUACUUUGAAGGUGCCUGAAUGUCGACUAGCAGAAGAUUUAGGUAAUCUCUGGGAAAAUACAAGAUUUACAGAUUGCAGUUUUUUUGUGAGAGGACAAGAAUUUAAAGCUCAUAAAUCUGUACUUGCAGCUCGAUCCCCAGUUUUUAAUGCAAUGUUUGAACAUGAAAUGGAAGAAAGCAAAAAGAAUCGAGUGGAAAUAAAUGAUGUAGACCCUGAGGUUUUUAAAGAAAUGAUGAGAUUCAUUUACACAGGGAAAGCACCAAACCUUGACAAAAUGGCUGACAACUUGUUGGCAGCUGCAGACAAAUACGCACUGGAACGGCUGAAGGUCAUGUGUGAAGAAGCUUUGUGUAGUAACCUUUCAGUAGAAAAUGUUGCUGAUACCCUUGUCCUUGCAGAUUUGCACAGUGCAGAACAGUUGAAAGCACAAGCCAUAGACUUUAUUAAUAGGUGCAGUGUACUUCGACAGCUUGGGUGUAAAGAUGGGAAAAACUGGAACAGCAACCAAGCAGCAGACAUAAUGGAAACAUCGGGGUGGAAGUCCAUGAUUCAGUCUCACCCUCAUUUAGUAGCAGAAGCCUUCCGAGCACUAGCAUCUGCACAGUGUCCACAGUUUGGCAUUCCACGCAAACGGCUAAAACAGUCCUGAAAUCUUCCACGAACUGUAGAAAAAUGGAAUUGACUUUUACUCCUCCAGGUCCGGAAGGAUUCUAAUAUACAAACCAUAAGCAAGAGUUGUUUCUGUUGUCUUGUCCACAGAACAGAAGCUGAAAAAGCAUAUUGCUUGCAUUUCAGGUGGAUAAUUUAUGGUUUAUUCUUCAGCUUUAAAUUAGACUGAUUAUACUCUAAUUCACUUCAAGGCCUUAAAUUAUCUUCAGUGACUUCUCUUGUUCAUAUAAUACUUUAAUUUUUUUAUUGUGCCUUGUCAUUUUGACUAAGGCUAUGCAGGAUUGCACUAGGUCCAUAAUGCAGUAAUAUUGAUAACUGAAGAUAUUAAGUUUCAAAAGGAUCUUCCAUUAGUUUGAGAAAAAAGCAAAAUGAAUUUUAUAGGGUUUGUCCUGUGCUGUCUCAAAGUUUAAAACUAGGUUCUUCUUAAAAGCACUUGAAUUGGAGAUUAUGGAUAAUGUCUCCAGUCUAAGUUCUAUACAUAUAGGAGAACCUGCUUACCUUCAAGGUAAGUUACGGCAAUACACUGCUUCAAUUCUAAUUUAUUUUUCAUUUCAAGGGGCAAAUAUGCAAUGAGUUGGCCCAAAUUUUUAGUAAAAUUUGUGAUGUUUGUCUAUGUGUUGACUGUCCAACAAACUAAGAAAAGCAUAACAAACUUUUGCUUGUGUUUUUUGUGGAUUUAUUGAAGUUUACAAUGAUUGAGAAUUGAUUGAGGUUAAGAUUUCAAUAAAAAGAAAGCAUGUUUUAUGCUGAAUUAAUUUUUUUAAUUUAUAGUGACAUACAUUUAUAUGAAGAAUUCUGUCCAUGUUGAAAGUAAGGAUGACCAAAUGUAAAUUUAAGGAGUGGGCCAAUUAAGAAAGAUAUAAUGCACUUUUAAUGUGUAACUUUUGUAUGCUAAAUGGUACAUAUAUUUUUUUUUUGUUUUUGAGGGUAUUAAUAAGGUAUAAUUAAUUGUGUCUUAACUUUUGAAAGAAUUUUUUAAGACCAAUGGAGGCAAUUGGGAUGUUUGUGAUAAUAGAUAAGAAUGAUAGCCUUGAUUAUAGUUAAAUUGGUUUAAAUUUCAGAUAUUUAUUAUUGAAUUUAUUCCUGUCUUAUCACACUUUGGAGAAGGCAACUGAAUAAACAAAUCCUGGAUACUCUACUCCCCUCCUGAAAACAGUGAACUUAUAUUAUUUGCAGACUAAAGGAGAGAGCCCUUAGAAAUAUGUCAGGCCACACUCUGAACCUUUUUUCCCCCCUAGCUUUCUCCUUUCUGUUUCAGUUACUGUAAUAACAUUGUGGAUGAUAUUGAAAUUCUGCAUAAUGUGAACAGGAUAAACUAUUUAUAAACUGC